GCACUCCUAGACAGUCAUAUCGUAAAAGGAGAGUUCUUCUAAGCAGCAAAGAGAAACUAAGGGUGGGCAUACAGCAAAGGCAUAAGGCACCCCCACCCCUCCUAUUCCGCUUUCAGGGUCGCUGAUAAGAUUCCACGAGGAGCAGUAGGACUUUACUCAGGACGCCGCCUGCUCACCGCACUUGUGAAUUUAGUGAAGCUGCAAAUGGAUGUCCCCACGCUGGUUGCUGUGGUAGUUAUUUCAAUAACUGCCUUACUCUUCAUUCUUAAAUCUUGGUACUCACAAGUAAAGAAACGUCCCGUUACACUUCAGGAUCCCAGCACCAAGUAUGCAUUGCCUUUGAUCGAGAAAGAGGAAAUCAGCCAUGACACGAAGAGAUUUCGAUUUGGGCUUCCAUCAUCACAACACAUUCUAGGCCUUCCUACAGGGCAACAUGUCUAUUUAUCUGCUAAAGUGAACAAUAAUCUAGUGAUCCGGGCUUAUACUCCUGUAUCCAGUGACAAAGACACCGGUUUUGUGGAUUUGGUCGUUAAGGUAUACUACAAAAACUCCCAUCCCAGUUACCCUGAAGGUGGUAAAUUGUCUCAGUAUCUGAAUAGCAUGAAGAUUGGUGACACCGUAGACUUCAGAGGGCCAAAUGGAUUGCUUAUAUAUAAAGGAAGAGGAAACUUUGCAGUUCGUCCAGACAAAAAAUCUGAUGCUAAGCGCAUACAUGUGAAACAUAUUGGAAUGUUAGCUGGUGGUACAGGUAUCACGCCAAUGCUACAACUGAUACGUCACAUAACAUCUGAUCCCGAGGAUAAUACAGUUUGCCAUCUUGUCUUUGCUAACCAGACUGAAAAGGAUAUCCUUUUAAGAAGCGAAUUGGAGCACAUAGCCAAGGAGCACCCUGACCAGUUCAAACUGUGGUACACGCUGGACAAGCCACCUCAAGGUUGGAAGUACAGCUCUGGCUUCAUCGACGCUGACAUGAUCCGGAAUCACAUGCCUUCUCCAGAGGAGGACGUCCUCAUCGUCAUGUGCGGCCCCCCACCGAUGAUUCAGUACGCCUGUCUUCCUAAUUUGGACAAGCUGGGCUUUAAGCCUGAUACUCGCUUCUCCUAUUAACCCGAGAGAAAGGCGCUACAUGACGCUGCAUUUGUGAGAUGGGUCCAGCUGCGGACCUCCGCAGCACCGCCGGACAGCCAACUGGAUUGCAGGUUCUUGUCAUUCGGUUCAGUUGACUUGAGUCAGAUAAGCCCCCCAUGGAUCUUAACCAUCGACGUAUAAAAUAAAGCGACAGCCCCCUCAGUGGAGUGGAGCUCUAGAGGUCCGCAGCUAUUGCCGUUCACACAGUUCUAGUUUUGCGAGUUUCAUUUUGUACUGUCAAUUUGAAAAAUGUUUACCGUUAAAAAUAUUAAUGAUGCAAUGCUAAUAAAUAAAAUGUAUGCAAACCUACCCUAAAAAUGAUUGAAGACAAGUGAGAAAAUGUGUUAUUGUCUAUUAAUUCACACAUAAUAAAAUUGUGUACUGUAUAUCUA